UAUUGCUUAAUUUACUAUUCAAAUAAUCAGCAAGGGAGAGCUCAAACCCCAUGUAAGAUAUGACCCAUUGCCCGCGAAAGCGAUCCUUGCCUUGUCGGAUGUUGGCGGUGUGUCAAUCUUCAACUUCCCUAUCGUGGUCAGGCACACAGAGAAUUGACCCCGCUCUCUGUGAAUCAUUCGAACCUGAUCGUUUUGGAGCCAGCUUUGGCAAUGGCGGGUCAGCAUUCAGGACAGAGGAGGUGGUGUAGGUGCGGCCUUUGUAGAUAACCGGCUAUUGUAGAUAACCCCUCGUAGAGUACAAUGGUUUCUACUCAAAAGGGAAUAUAAUCCUCACUUGUGUUAAAUGCAAUCCAUAGCUCGCUAGCUUCCUUCCUUCUUUCAAUCUUCUGUUAGACUCAGCCCUAUACAUCUCUCUGUUGUUUGUUGAUGUUGCGCGUCGCCGAUCAUUCAGAAAAUUCGCAAGUUUCUUUUUUUUGGUUCUUUUUUCUCCCAAUAUUGCCGAAUCAAUUAAUGAAGAUGAGGGUCGGUCAACCAGAAACACUCAACCGUGACGGCCAUUCAAUUUGAUGAUUCAUAAUCCGCCACUUUUUAGUUUUCAAUCUUCAAUCGAACCCCUCUCGAGCCAUGGGCACAAUGAGAACAGAUGGAAACAUAUAGGGAGUGGCCCCAAAUAGAACAGAGACAGAGGACAGCUUUCAAUUAUAAUUUAAAAUCAACCAAGGCUACUUUGUAUGGGGAACGUCCUGCACAGGGGGCUGAGGGAUGGGUACCAGAGAAAUCAAAUCACCAGAAGAUCUGCCCAAGACCCCAGCAGCUAACCUGGAUGGGAGUUCUGAGUCGUUUCGGAGAAAGAAGCUUGGUAUCUACUUCAUUGAGUCUGAUGAUGUGCGGACAGCAUUUGGAGGUGGCUAUAGUGGAGGAACUACACCAGUAAAUAUCCAUGGCAAACCAAUUACCGAUCUGUCCAGGACUGGCGGUUGGAUUGCUGCUUUCUUCAUCUUUGGGAAUGAGAUGGCAGAGAGAAUGGCUUAUUUUGGCUUAUCUGUCAACAUGGUAGUCUUUAUGUUCAAUGUCAUGCACCGACCAUUUACCAGUUCAGCAAAUGCCGUUAACAAUUUCCUAGGGAUAUCCCAGGCAUCCUCUGUGCUUGGUGGUUUUAUAGCUGAUGCUUAUCUUGGCCGAUACUGGACAAUAGCAAUUUUUACUACAAUAUAUCUUGCGGGCUUGACAGGAAUAACAUUAUGUGGAACAAUGAAUGUGUUGGUGCCAAACCAAGAUCAGUGUGAUAAGCUGUCCCUGCUUUUGGGAAAUUGUGAGCCUGCAAAACCAUGGCAGAUGCUGUACCUUUAUACGGUCCUUUACAUAACUGGCUUUGGAGCUGCAGGUAUUAGGCCCUGUGUUUCUUCUUUUGGGGCCGAUCAGUUUGACGAAAGAAGCAGGGAUUACAAGGCUCACUUGGAUAGGUUUUUCAACUUUUUUUAUUUGUCAGUCACAAUUGGGGCAAUUGUGGCCUUCACUGCAGUUGUCUACAUUCAAAGGCAAUACGGAUGGGGACCUGCAUUUGGGGCUUUGGCCAUAGCAAUGGGCAUAUCAAACACAAUCUUCUUCAUUGGUACUCCUUUGUACAGGCACAGGUUGCCAGGAGGCAGCCCCCUCACCCGUGUUGCCCAAGUCCUGAUUGCGGCUUUUCGGAAGAGACAUGCCUCGUUCUCUAGCAGUGAGCUAGUGGGCCUGUAUGAGGUUCCAGGCAAAAGAUCCGCCAUAAAGGGCAGUGGGAAGAUAGCUCACACCAAUGAUUUUAGAUGUCUUGACAAAGCUGCCCUGCAACUGAAGGGAGAGGGUGUCAAUCCAAGUCCUUGGAGGCUUUGCACUGUGACCCAAGUAGAAGAAGUCAAGAUCCUAUUGAAACUCAUCCCAAUCCCAGCCUGCACAAUAACGCUUAGUCUGAUCUUAACUGAGUUCCUUACCCUAUCAGUUCAGCAGGCAUAUACCCUGAACACCAGCAUAGGUCAUUUGAAACUCCCUGUCACUUGCAUGCCUGUCUUCCCUGGUCUCAGCAUAUUUCUCAUACUCUCUCUCUACUACCUCAUCUUUGUCCCACUGUUUCGAUGCAUCACGGGGCAUCCCCACGGGGCCUCUCAACUUCAAAGGGUGGGCAUUGGUUUGGCUGUUUCAAUCCUGUCCGUGGCAUGGGCUGGCAUUUUUGAGAGGUACAGAAGAAACUAUGCACUAGAGCACGGGUAUGAGGCUAGUUUUCUUACUCCCAUGACGGAGUUGAGUGCCUACUGGCUGUUGAUCCAGUACUGCUUGAUUGGUAUAGCUGAAGUUUUCUGCAUUGUGGGACUAUUGGAGUUCUUAUAUGAGGAGGCCCCAGAUGCUAUGAGGAGCAUAGGGUCUGCUUAUGCUGCUGUGGCUGGUGGUUUGGGUUGCUUUGCAGCCACAAUAUUGAACAACAUUGUUAAAUCCAUCACGGGGAACCCAGGGGAUAUGAGGCCAUCCUGGCUGUCCCAAAACAUAAAUACGGGUAAAUUCGAUUAUUUUUAUUGGUUGCUUAUGGUUCUGAGUUUGAUCAAUUUCUGUGGGUUUCUGUAUUCAGCGCACAGGUACAAGUACAGGAAAGAGCAAGGGUUUGAAAUAGGGAAAGAAGUUGCAACCAACCAAAUUACCAACCCAUCAGUGAAUAGUUAAAUUUGGGAUUGGAUGUGUAAUUUCUUUCCCAUGUCAGCUAGCCAUGUGUGAAACAUAAACUAGGAACUUUGUACUUGAUGAAUGUCAUGCAUUGAUCAGCGGUGCCAAUGUUACAUAGAUAUGUGGAAGUAUUUUUAUGGUUUUGGGAACCUUUUGAUA